GGGGCUGGCGAGCGGGCGGGAAGAUGCUGAGCAGGUUGAUGAGCGGCAGCAGCAGGAGCCUGGAGCGCGAGUACAGCUGCACGGUGCGGCUGCUGGACGACAGCGAGUACACCUGCACCAUCCAGAGAGAUGCCAAGGGCCAGUACCUGUUUGACCUUCUUUGCCACCACCUGAACCUACUUGAGAAAGACUAUUUUGGGAUCCGCUUUGUGGACCCAGAUAAGCAGCGGCAUUGGUUGGAGUUUACGAAGUCUGUGGUGAAGCAACUGCGGUCCCAGCCUCCAUUUACCAUGUGUUUCCGUGUGAAGUUUUACCCUGCAGACCCGGCUGCCCUGAAAGAAGAAAUAACCAGGUAUUUAGUCUUUCUACAGAUCAAAAGGGAUCUCUACCACGGCCGCCUCCUCUGUAAAACAUCAGAUGCCGCCUUGUUAGCAGCUUAUAUCCUUCAAGCGGAGAUUGGGGAUUAUGACCCAGGGAAACACCCUGAAGGCUACAGCUCCAAGUUCCAGUUUUUCCCUAAACAUUCAGAGAAGCUGGAAAGGAAAAUUGCUGAGAUUCACAAGACGGAACUCAGUGGUCAAACACCAGCAACAUCAGAACUGAACUUUUUAAGAAAAGCACAGACAUUGGAGACAUAUGGAGUGGACCCUCACCCGUGUAAGGAUGUGUCAGGAAACGCUGCCUUUCUGGCCUUCACUCCCUUUGGGUUCGUUGUUCUGCAAGGAAACAAAAGGGUCCACUUCAUUAAGUGGAAUGAAGUGACCAAGCUGAAAUUCGAAGGGAAGACUUUCUAUUUAUAUGUAAGUCAGAAAGAGGAAAAGAAAAUUAUUCUCACAUAUUUUGCUCCAACUCCAGAAGCCUGCAAGCACCUUUGGAAAUGUGGAAUCGAGAACCAAGCCUUCUACAAGCUGGAGAAGUCAAGCCAAGUCCGCACGGUGUCCAGCAGCAACUUAUUCUUUAAAGGGAGCCGGUUCCGAUACAGUGGCCGAGUUGCAAAAGAAGUAAUGGAGUCCAGUGCCAAGAUCAAACGGGAGCCACCGGAAAUACACAGAGCAGGGAUGGUUCCCAGCCGCAGCUGCCCGUCCAUAACCCACGGCCCAAGGCUAAGCAGUGUCCCCAGGACCCGGAGAAGAGCUGUCCACAUCUCAAUCAUGGAAGGCCUUGAGUCCCUGCGGGACAGUGCCCACUCCACCCCCGUGCGCUCCUCCUCCCACGGGGACACCUUCCUGCCUCAUGUGAGGAGCAGUCGGGCAGACAGCAAUGAGCGAGUCGCUGUGAUUGCGGAUGAGGCCUACAGCCCGGCUGACAGCGUGUUACCUACCCCUGUGGCUGAGCACAGCCUGGAGCUGAUGCUGCUGUCCCGGCAGAUCAAUGGGGCCACCUGCAGCAUCGAGGAGGAGAAAGAAUCUGAGGCCAGCACCCCGACUGCUGCAGAUGUGGAGGCCCUUGGGGGAGAGCUGAGGGCCCUGUGCCAGGGGCACGGCGGGCCGGAGGAACAGAGUGGGAAUCUGAAGGGACCACCGCUACAGCAGCAGCAGCAGCAGGGGUAGGGUAAGUCUGUCCCCUUAGAAUAGUUCCUAGUGGGCAUCGCCAUGAGUUUUGUAUAAUGAACUUAUUAGACUUAUGUGAUUUUUUUUUUCCUGAAGAACCUCAAGACCUGUAGUGCUCCAGAGGCAUUAGAUGAAUUCAGUGGUGCAGCACUUAGAUAGGACUGUCAGAAAUGUUGGACAAAGUGUAGUUAACAGAGACCAGAGCUAUGGUACCUGAGAGACUGUUAAGAUUCAGAGAACGGUACUUAUUUUGCACACAACUCCCCCCAAAAGACUAUUUCAAUUUAUAUUUUAACAACAAAAUAUUUUCUUAUCAAUUCAUAUUUUGUUUUUACUUUAUGGAUUAAGAAAAUAGAGCCUGAUGAACUAAAUGAUGCAAGGAAGAAACUGAUCCUGAGAAUGAAAAGCUUCAGAAAAUAGAAUUCCAAGAUCAACAAACAGCCUUGGAAGGGACCAGGAAAAGAAUCUCUUUAAAUAGGAUUUCUAAGAGAUGCCUACAAAAGAAGGUGAAUGUGGCAGAGACCAACACUUAGCUGUAGAAAUACUGCCCCCUAGGGUUCCUCUACAUCAGGACAAUAAAAGCUGUAGGAACAUACUUGCCAUCUUUGCUGAGGGAAGCCAUGGAAGCGCACAGAAUGACAGCAUGUGAAGAGUGAGCGUGGGGUCCGAGGCCUGAGUUCUGCAAGUCUUACAACCAAUCACACACAAUAGCUUGUUUUCAUCUCAGGGAGAGAUUGCUAAGUCAUCUGAGGCAUAGGACUUAUGUAAGAACUGUCAGUGGAUGUAUUCCUGGGACCCACACAAAAGUGGAGCAGCCACUGACACCUAUGAUGCUGGGCAGCCCCCAAUGCAGAACAAGAUGAGUCACUUGUGAUUUUCUCUCCCCAGCUUAUCCCCUAAGAUGCCAGAACCAUAUCCACGUUUAGAACAUAGCAGCUGUGGAAUAAAUGUUUUUCUUUUGGGGGGUGGGGGGCUGGAGUGGGGAGUGUUGCAUAAUUUUAAAUGCACUUUCAUCUAGACUAGGGGUCAGCAAACUUCUCUAAAGUGCCAGGUCAUAAAUAUCUUCAUUUUGAUUUUAUGGGCCAUACUCUGUCAACUACUCAACUCUGUCAUCCUAGCACAAAGGUAAUAAAAUAGAGUAUGGCUAUGUUCCAAUAAAAACAUUUAUAAAAACAGUGAGCUGAAUUUGGCCAUAAUAAACCAAACCCCAUCUAGUCAAUAAUAAAACUGCUCCUUAUAGUAUAUUGGCAAAGAGAAGGUCAGCUCUGCCCCAAUUCCUGACAUGGGUUAAAGAUCUAGGACCACUUCCCAGUGGAGGCACUGGGGUUGUUUGAAAGUGCUCGAACAACCAAGCAGCAAAGAGCUGUAUAAUGCCUAGAGCAGCAAGAUCAAGUACUGCAAUACUAAAAUCAUGGCCAGAACCUAAGAAUGGAAAAAGGUCUAUCUGAUCAUUUCCAUACCAGCAACAAUAUGGGCAGAACUGCAAACAUCUACUUACCACGUGACAAGACAAACUGAGGGAGAUCCUAGGAAGAUUAGGGAUCACUUUGAACCAACUAGUCACUGCCACUUGUCAUCUCUACAAGAAGGACUUUAACACAGGACUGCAGUGAAAGGUACUCUUAGAGAUGAAAAGGUUGUUAGGAAACAGAGGGCUGGUUUUAACCAGGAUAUGUACUACCUUAUGCAACAUAGCAGAUUACCUUUAGUGUAGUGUUCCUACCUCAGUCUGUAGAACAUGGUGUUUCUAUGCAGUAAGUGAUAGCCCUGACUCUGACCUUUCAUAGUCACAUUAAAGAAAGAUGCAGUGUUCCGUUUCCCAUAAAUUGUGUCUAGAGUCCUAACAGUACAAUAGUUCAUACCACUCCCAACAGCUAGAUUUUGCUCUCUGAAUAAAACUUUCAGUUGUUUUCUUCCAGGGUUUUCUCAAAAAAUACAAAAGAUUUCCUUCAAUUUACUUUCAAAUAGUUCCAGAAUAACAAAUCUCCUUUGUUGGCGACCAAUCUUUUUUGGUAUCUGCCUAUCAUUAAAAAUUGUUAACGUUUUUAACCUGGUUUCGCUGUGUUCUACUGUUGUCUUCCAUUUUCUCUUAGUUAGAUCUCGUUGUAGAAAAAGCAAUGAUUUACAUAGCUUCAUCUUUCAAAGGAAAUAAAUUCUUACUAAAGAAUAGUGUACUGCAUCUUUAAGCAGUAGAGGGUAAACUACCUGCAAAUGUGAAUUUUCUUAGUUUCAUUUAAAAAUACAUAGUUGUUAACCUUUUGUUUGCCAAAAAUUUUAAGUUACAUUUUCCUUCAAAGCAAUGUACCUUUUUCUACAUAUGCAGUAUGUAGUUAGCAUAAAAUCAUUGGUGCCAUGAAAAUUAUUUUUGAACUUAAAUAAAUAUUUAA